GCUAUGAAGCCAGCAAAGACAAAGUGUUUGAGGAGCCACUGUUAGCCGACCCAGAUGAGCCUCCGCCGGUGAUGAUGGCAGAGCCAGCCGCCACUGUCACCCUGGAGUGCUCCGACCCUGCUGCAUACCCAGAGUCUGGCCAGGAGGCAACUCACACAGGUGGGAUCCUCAUCCACUGGAGUGGAGACCAUUCACUUGAGUUGAGCAAAGCGUCUGUGAAAGUGAUGCACAAUUAUACAAAUGGUAUUCCGAAUUCACUGCAAAAUUGUGUUUAGAAUAUUAGAAAUGUAUGGAUCAAUGAGUUUGUUUUAACUUAAACAACCUGUAGAGUUUCCUGUAGAACAGGUAUUUUACAGUAAUAGCCUACAGUAGGCCCUAAAAGGUACUGCGUGUAAUAAAAUGAAUGGUCUAAUGUCACUAGAGUGCACUAUAUAGGGAAUAGGGUGCCAUUUGGGACUAGCCAGUGAGUUGAAUGAAAUGAAUGGUCUCGUCAUGAAAGUGAAUGACUGAGUGUCUGUUCCCCCUGUGUGAUGAACAGGCAGUGAGCCCCAGCAGGAGAGCUGUCAGGAGGACCUCCGGGAACACCUGAAGAAGACCCUGGAGUUCUGUCUGUCUCGGUGAGUAACAGCUGUACUACACACUAGUUGUGUCACAAAUUACACACUAUUCUCUAUAUAGUGCACUACUUUUGACCAGGGAGGGUCAAUAGUACUCUGGUCAAUUGGCCCUGGGCAAAAGUAGUGCACUAUAUAGGGAAUAUGGUGCUAUUUGGGACAUAGACAUUGUCUACUACAAUACAGCCAAUAAUGCACUGGGCACACUUUGUGCUGCAGCAACCAUAUAAACUUGUGCAGCACAGAGGCACAGCUCUGCCAUUACAGAAUACAGAACUUUAAUUGGCUCUUAGGGGCGGUAGCUAGGGGAGUAAUGUACACCACGACUGUACCAUUUAUUAUGCUGUUCCCCGUAAAGUAUGUGUAUCCCGGGCCGUAGUUUUUGUUGAUAGUAAUCAAGUGCCUCCCAUGCCAGAAUACAGCCAGUGAAAUAUGUCACUGUGAUGAUGCACAAUGGCUGCAUACUCAUUAGUUAUCUUUGGCCCUUUGUGGGAGGUGUGUUCUAAAUGAAAGCUUUAUUUCAUGCUGUCAAGAAUUCACUGGUGGGUGCUGUGGGGAGGGAGGAGUGACUUAGGCUACAGGGAGUGACUUGUCUCUUUUUGCUUACAGGGAGAACCUGGCCAGCGACAUGUAUCUUAUCUCUCAGAUGGAUAGUGACCAGUAUGUGCCAAUCGUGACGGUAGCUAACCUGGACCACGUCAAGAAACUCAGCACGGACGUGGAGUUAAUCGUUGAUAUCCUACGAUGUAAGUGACACCCUUUUAUUUGAGACUAUUGUUCUCUGAACCUUUUCUGAUUUACUUGAUACUAACAGCAUUUUUUUGUUAAGACUAAAGAGACAUGGUUGGGAAUGGAUGUUUCAUUUUACUUAGAUAAUUGAUGGAUUUCAGUUGUAUUAGUUAGCCUUCUUUGUACAACACCAAUUCCUAGCAAUAUUUGUUACAUGGCAAUAAAGUUUUCUGAUUUUGAUUAUAAAGUCACUGGACUAUAUUGCCCUGCCUUCGUAGCUCUGCCAUUGGUCCAGGUAGAUGAGAAGGGGGAGAAGGUGAGACCCAACCAGAACCGCUGCAUCGUCAUCCUCAGAGAGGUCCCUGAGAGCACUCCUAUAGAGGUAUGUUCACUGGCUAGUCUCCGUCUGUGUCCCAAAUGGCCCCCUAUUUCCUAUGUAGUGCACUACUAGUGUACCACAUAGGCAAUAGGGUGUCAUUUGGGACGUUCUGUCUGGACCAUCUGCUAAGAAAACAUUGCAUUACCUUAGACUGACUGACUGUAUCCAGUAUGGCAGACAGUGGAAAUAAAUCAAUCAGGUUUCAGCAAGACUAGGUCGUUCUAGUAGAAGCUCUUAUGUGACUAGGCUAUAUGUGUGUUUUAUCCAAGGCAUUGUAGGUAAUUUCCUGUUGAGUGCACAGCACACUACCUGGGGUGUAAUCAUUACUCUUUACAGUUGCAAAACUUUGUUUUGCAAUGAAAACUAGCGUUUCUAUUGGGCAGAUUCAGGUAGGUCCCUCCCUGUUUGCUGAACCUGUCCAAUCGAAACACUGACCACAACCCUGAGUCGUUUUCCUGGAAUCGUAAACCGUACUGGUGACCCGUGUCUCUGUGUCAAUUAUUUAUUUGCUCAUCUUCCAUCUUGUCAUGUUGACACCCUGUUUGACUUUUAUAAAGUCAUGGUAAUGACACAUUGUUUAAACAGUGUUUAGAGGUUUCAGCUAUUGUGCAAGUGGGUAGUCAUCACAUUUCAUGCAGUGUGACAAAUUAAAGGGUGAUGUUUUUGGCAGUUAAGAAUUCAAAACAUUUUAAUGGUGUUAUUGAGUUAUUUCAGUCUGAACCGUACUCCCAUCAUGGAAUAUUGACAAUAUUUGACAUUGUUAGGGCUGACUUAUUUUUUAGUUUUGUGUUGGAUACAGAUAGAGUGAGUGUGUUGAAAUAGCAGAGCGCCAGAUUCAAACCAAUGCUCCAGCGAUGUGUUCCAGAGGCAGUGGCUUAGACCACUAGACAACCCUAAGCUUUUCAAUUGAAACCAGGAACUUGCUCACAUUUCCUGAGAGGUUUUGGCAUUUACUAAAAGAAUAGAUCAGGAUUUUGGCAAUUAAGUCCUUUAUCUACUUCCCCAAAGUCAGAUGAACUUGUGGAUACAGCGGUAGUUUCGCGAGCCAAUGCUGACUAGCUUAGCGUAUGCUAGCUGUACCCGAAGACUUAAAUCCUGAACUAUCCCUUUAAGCUUGACAUUUGCUUUUGUUUUGCAGGAGGUCGAGGCUCUUUUUAAAGGAGAGAACUUACCUAAAUUCAUCAAUUCUGAGUUUGCCUACAACGACAACUGGUUCAUCACCUUUGAAUCUGAAGCAGAUGCACAACAGGUAAGGAACAUUCUGGAAUGUUGCACCAUUGCAUGAUUAUAGCUCUUGAUUUUGUGCUUUUCCCCUGCACGCCAUAGCAUGUUUUAGGAUUGUAGGGCUGGUCAGUGUUUGGUGUACAAUCGCUAGUUGCGGCCGUACAGGGUUUCAUACUGGCCUUGAGCUUACGUCCUUAUCAAUGGAUAUACAAACUGAAGGUAUAUUUCCUGUCUGAAGUGUUUAUUAACCUUUUUUCCCUAGGCAUAUCAGUAUCUUCGUGAAGAAGUGAAAACCUUCCAAGGGAAACCUAUUAAGGUGAGCUAAUUCAUAAUGUUUUUGUGUUAAUUAAGGUUAAAAUAAACAUGACCCAUUUACUGUACUUUCUGGAGUAUUUCAGAGUAUGGGAGUUCAGAACCUUUUUCCGUCUACAUAACAGCUAAUGCUUUCCCCCAAAAGACUUGCAGUGGAUAACAUAACAAUUCAAUCUACAGUGUGUGUAUGGGUUCAUUUAGAGUUUAAGUGAAAUAAUACCUCAGAGAAAUGUGGCUAAUUUAUUAAAAUCUCUGCACUGCUUUGAAAUGCCUACUUUGCAGAUUUGUUUUUGAGGAAAAAUCUAUUUUAUAAUAAACUCUAAAUUCUUAACCCCAAUCAGGCACGGAUAAAGGCGAAGGCAAUUGCUAUCAAUACUUUUAUGCCAAAGAAUGGCUACCGCCCGGUGGAGGUGAACCCGUAUGCUCAACAGCAGCAGCAGCAACAACAACAACAGCGUUACACCUCCUACUACAUUCCUCCAGUGUACAGCCCUCAGCAGCAGUUCCCCCUCUACAGCCUCAUCACUCCACAGGCCUGGUCAGCCACCCACAGCUUCAUAGACCCUUCACUGGUGAGGACAACAGUCAUGCACACACCUACAAACCUACAAUACAGACUAGGGUUGCAAAAUUCCCAUAAUUCUGAUUGGGAAAUUCAUGGAUUUUAUGUGUUUUCUCUCCUGAUUCCGGGUAUCUUCCAACCGGGGUUUCUGGAAAACCUGGGAAUGUUAGGACAUUUUUUGAAAACUUUUGGGAAAUUACCAGGAUUUUUCAAACCUACCACCCACAAACCUACAAGGCAUCAGUAGAGAAUUGUCAUAAUUUCACUGUAUGAUAUGCUGCUAGAACUCUUUAAAAAGGUUUUUGAUUUAGUGUUUCCUUCUAUAUUCAACAGGUUACAUCAUUUCACAACACCCAAUUCAUCAAUGGAUUUACAACAUCCCAUAGUUUUAAACCAGCGACGUCUCCUCUUGCUGGUGUUAGGCACUACUCUCCCAGGAAUAGGUGGGUAAACUGACACUCCAUCUAAUGUAUACGAUACUACCAAGAAUGUCCACAUGACUGUGCUUGUAUAAUAGAAAUAGAAUGAGUAGAACGGGAAUCUCCAUUCAAGUCAAUAAUGCCAUAAUGUGUGCUCAUUCCAAUUCUAUUGCUUGUAUAGAUGUAGGAUAUUUAAAUAUUAUUGACCAGUGUUUCUUGUGGAAUUUUUCAGGAAUCACACUCACAGUAAACCACACCUGAGGCCCACAAUACCCAACGCAGAUCAGCGCGGCACAGGGCUCCUGGACAGCCCCACCAUCUUCAACUUCCCAACAGAGCGCAUCCUGAACGGGGUGCCCCGGGGUUCCCCCCAGACGACGCGGCUCCCGAGCCAGAACAGAACCAGGUUACCCCCCUCCACCAUGACCUACCCCAGGAGGGACGUCGGUACGGGUCGGGUGGAGCCCGUCAGCACCGACUACUCACUGGGCAUGGGCCGGGGAAGGUAAGUGAUCAUCCACUAUCUCCAUGAGCAUCACCACCGUAGACAUCCAUAGGAUGGGUCCCAAAUGAUACCAUAUUUGUUAUUUAGUGCACUACUUUUGACAAGGGCAUCUGGUUAAAAAAAAGUAGUGCGCUGAAUAUGGUGCCAUUUGGGACACAUUAUAGUUUUACAAGAGAGAGAGCAUGGUGCUCAAGUUUUUGAAUAGUUUGAAAUAUCUGUAAGGCUAAAUUGUGCUUCAAAUAGAUAAAAAAUGUCAGUGAAUCUUUCAAAUGUUCUCUUUCUUAAAGGACAAAUAUUUAUGGUUCUAGGAAAAAGAGGGACGACAACAAGUUUACAGUAAGUACAUAUUUUUUAAUUUCUCUCCUCUUAAACUAGUCUUUGACUUUGAGAAAGAUCCAUCAGUACUGAUGCUGCAAGCUUUUCAGGCUGUGACAUCUCCUGACUGAAUUUUUAUAUUGCAGGGAUUUUGUACGUACGGUUGCCUGGCUGGCUGGCGUUAGCUCCCUGGCCUACAUAGUGCACUCCUUUUGACCACAGCCCUAUAGGCCCUGGUCAAAAGUAGUGCACUAUAAAGGGAAUCGGGCGCAGAGGUUGUAUUCUCUGACUGACUCACUGCAUUGUGCCGACUCUGGUGUGUUUGGUGUUUAGGGAGUGGCCACCCUGUCUGAUGGUGUUUGAUGCUGUUUUGUUGUAUAGAGAGUGGCCACCCAGUCGCCCCCUCCUCAGAAGCCCCCGUCCCCCAGCUUUGAGCUGGGGCUUUCCAGCUUCCCCCCCCUUCCUGGGGCUGCAGGCCACCUCAAGACCCCUGACAACAUGUUUGAGAACAGACUGGCCAGCAUGGUAAUAGGAACCACAAAGGACAGGGUCAGUAUUUACCAACACAGGCUGUCAUAUCCAGGCCACCAUACUCUGUGUGGGUCCCAAAUGGCACCCUAUUCCCUAUAUAGUGCUCUACUUUUGACCAGGACCCUUUGACCAGGCAAUAUGGUGCCAUCUGGGAUGCAGCCAAGCUCUUAUCUCCAAGCCAACAUAGUCGAUCACUCAGCUCAACAUUUCAGCUUUGCUGUCAGUAGGAACCUGAUGUGUUGUUGUUUUUCUCGUCCUGUUCCAGAAUGUAAGCGUUGAUGCCAGCGCUGCAGGUGCCCUCCUCCCCUCAGGAGGACCCAAGGAGCCACUGAGGACUGUCACGUCUCCACAGCCCCCGAGCCUCCAGCCCGCUGCUCCACCAGCCCCGACCCUAGCACCAGCCUCUGUCCCUGUCCCUGCUUCCUCCCAACCCGCAGAGUGAGUAAAGGACACGCGUGUUUCCAAACCCCCCCCACCCCACACUAUUUUCAUAAAAAUGUAUAAACAUUCCCCCACUAACACCAUACGAUUUGUAUAGAAAAACAAAACUUAUUUUGUUUUUCAUCUCAUACAGUAUCUUUUCUCUCACACUUAUCUCUAUUUUCUCAUCAAACAUGCCAAACACCAUACAUAUAGUAGUUCAUGUCAAAAAUAGAUCGGUGUAGAAAAAACAAACAGAACUGACUUGGCAGCAUUUCAUGUCCUACACAUCUUUGUGAAUAAAUUGUGAGGUCCUGUGUGUGUGUUUCAGGGAAAUGAAGGUUCCGGAGGUGAAGCAGAAGGAGACCCGGGUCUCUGUGGAGCUGGUCACUGACACCCUGUACACCGCUAGCAAAUCUGUUCAAGUCAAUGGGGCUGCUACAGUAAGUACUGGUUCACCAAAGCGUUUAAACAUAACCAGGUGCAAUUAUCGAUAUUAUUAGCUGAUAUAGAUCUUUUGAUAGUCAUAGAUGCUGAUUUGUGGUUGGUAAUGAUAGUGUUUCUUAGACUUUAAUGCAUGUCAAACCAGGGUGCAUAGGCAAUGUCCUAUGAAAUGGAUCAGCUACAAAUCUAGCUUUUUGUUUUGUGUUCAGGAACUGCGAAAGCCCUCUUACGCUGAGAUCUGCCAGAGGAUUAAAGACCACGCACCGACACUACAGGCCGCUAAAGAGGCCAAGCCAGCCAGCAGCACUGCCUCCACAGGAGAAGAGAGGAAGUGCCCUGAUGCCGCCCCAGGGGACAGGAGCGAGCCCAAGGCCCCCCGAGAGACAUACCCAGGCUCCUCCAAGCCUGCUACCACAGGCAGACCCCGAGAGGUCCGGAGACCAACCGGCCGGUGGCCCUCACCACCUCCCCACCACCCAGGGAAGGGUCCCAGCAGCAAAGAUCUCAACACCCCCCCAAAGUACCUGCAG